GUUCGACGCUUGAGCACUACUCACUGAGUUCGAAAGUGAUAUGUCGACUGAGUUCGUCGGAAAUCUCGCCGAAGAGGCAAAAAAAAGAAAGGAGCGCCUUAAAGCUCUAAGAGAAAAAGCAACUGACUCUAACGAUCAAUUGGAUGAUGGAAAUCGUCCAAAAGAAUCCCUACCAAAACCUCAAUUUCGAAGUUACAAGCCUCAAGAUGAGAACUUGUCAUUUACUCAAAAACAAGUCGGUGAACCCGUGGACAUUGAGCCCGAAGUUAAAGAUCAACUAGAGUCGGCAAACUUUUCAAACUUAGUAGAGGAAGUUGACCUCAUUAAUUUGGCUCCAAGAAAGCCAGAUUGGGAUUUGAAAAGAGACAUAUCGAAAAAACUAGAAAAACUAAAUAGAAGGACCCAAAGGGCUAUUGCUGAAAUCAUUAAAGAACGUCUUGAAAAUCAGGGAGCAGCAGAGAAUCUUGCUGCAGCUGUUCACAAUAUGAAAAAUGAAGAGAGUAAUGAUUAG